AUGCAUGCAUUGGUCAAAUUCUUGUUUCACAUCAACCCAGUAAAUUUCAAAGUCGUUGCCACAUUACUUUGGUUAUUUGAUUCAGUCCUGUCCACACUGAUUAUAUGGAAAGUGCCGUAUACUGAGGUUGAUUGGUUAACCUAUAUUCAGCAAGUAAAUCGCUUUGAACAGGGAAUACGAAAUUAUUCUGAAAUAAGGGGUGACACCGGUCCAAUAGUGUAUCCAGCUGGUCAUAUUUGGUUCUAUCUUAUUCUUUCUCGUAUAACUAAUGGUGGACAAAAUAUUCGUUUAGCACAAUAUAUUUUUCAGUUUCUCUACUUGGUAACCAUGAUAUUAGUUUUUCGUAUAUACUACAUGAGUUAUAGGCUGCCUCCAUUUGUUCUCAUUAUGUUGUGCUGCACAUCAUAUCGAAUUCAUUCCAUCUACCUUCUUCGAUUAUUCAAUGAUCCGGUCGCAAUGCUACUUUUCUACAUAGCUGUUAAUUUAUGGUUAAGCCGUCACUUCUGGCUUGGUUCUGUGGUCUACAGCCUCAUCAUUGUUACUCUUUGCAGUUUGGCUGUGUCUGUGAAAAUGAACAUACUUUUAUUUUCUCCAGCUGUUUUGUUCGUUCUUCUUUUCAACACAGGUUAUUGGAACACAUUACAAAUUAUAUUUUCAUGUACUGCAGUUCAGGUAAAUAGCUACUGCUACUAA